UCAAUUUUUUCUCCUGUGACGUGAAGCGAAAGGGCACAAAAUGUCGAAUGUGCUUAAAGAUUUUCUGGACAUUGAUAAACAACAGGAACUUUUACAAAGUUUUACUCGUUUGGGAGCCACUGAAGAUGAGCUCAACGAUGAACAAGCCCCACAAAAAAAGGGCUCUCGCAGACAUAUACCAUCUUCACCAAAGUCCAAAUCUGCUGCUGGUGAACGUAGAAAAUCUGUCAAGUUUGAAGACACUGAUGCUCCAGUGGCAGGAAAAGGGCGAAAUCGCAUAAGUAUAGAAGCUGAACUAAGAGCAGCACGUAAACGCAUCGAAGAGCUUAGCAAAAAGAAGAAGGUCAAAGAAAAUUUUGUGGACUUCUAUACGGAUAAGGAUAGAGCUGCGGCCGUAUCCGCUGGAUUUUUCGACAUAAAGCAAAGUUUGCAAAUCAAGCAAAAGCAGGAUCGCAAUGAGGCCUUGUCGAUACCUGAAGAAGGAGACAUUAGUUCAAUAAUUGCAUUGGGUUUGAAGGAAAUUAAAAAUGCCAAUCCAGAAAAUGCCAUUAUUUUCUUUACAAAGGCUUUGGAACUUAAUAACACUGAUAUUAACGCUCUGGUUUCUCGUAGUAAAUGCUAUUUGCUUUUGGGAGAAGCCUCUAAGGCUUUGGUGGACGCAAAUCUGGCCUUGACAGAAGAUAAAAACAACAUACGAGCCAUCUAUCAAAAGGCCGAAUCUCUUUACUAUUUAGGACAAUUCGAGCAAAGCCUUAUGUACUUCCAUAGAGGCGCCAGGGCCAGACCGGAAUUGAACUCAUUUCGUUUGGGCGUGCAAAAAACACAAGAGGCUAUUGAGAAUACCAUAGGAGUUAAAAAUAAAACUGGCACUUCAACGGCUCCAACUAAAAACAAAGCGAAAAAGUCGGGCGACAAUACACCCAAGUCACAUCCAAACAGUUCUCGACCACAUAGGUCAAGGCCGACGAAAAGUGAAAUGGAGCGUAGAAAUGCCCGUAAACUCUUGGGCGAAUUGUGUGUGGACAAGGAAUAUUUGGAGAAUUUACUAAAGCAUCCCGAUUUGAUACGAGCCGAUACAAACACUGAAAAUAUCUCAACCUUUGCCAAGGAGGCAGUGGAAUUUCUUAAUAAGCGACAGGAGUUCUGGCGACAACAACGUCCCUGCAAUGCCUUACCAAAUCACAAAAAUCUUCCCAUGGAUGCAAUGCCGCGCUGGUUUUAAAAUGAACAAUCAGGGGCAAUUGCUCAUUUAUUCUGAGGAUAACCAAGACCCAGCAAUGACAUCAUUAAAAUCUUUCUCUGGAUAUCAGAGUUAUAGCAUUUUUUUUAUUGUUUUUAUUCUUUUUUUUCUAUUGUUUUAUUUUUAUUUAAAUAGUAAUAAUAAUUAUUAUUGUUGUUAUAUAAUUUUUAAGUUGUACAUAUUGAUAAUUAGCAUUAACAUUCAUUACAUAUGUAUGUAUGUAUGUGUUUUAUUAUGUGUGGGUGUUUAUGACUUGCCGUCAUAGUAUCUUUAGUUGUUUGCGGCUUAGCUGGCCGGCUCUAUUAUCUGUUACAACAUAUUCCUACCACUUUGUUCAUUUUUAUUAUAUAUUUAUAUAGGCUCGUAUAAGUUUCUUGUUAUAAUUCUUUUCACUUAAUUUUAUUUUGUUUAAAUAAAUAGUUUAUGUGUGUGUGU